UAAAAUAAUGUUCUUAGGUCAUAGGUGUAACACACAAAUUAUUAUUUUAAUAGGCGAUAAAAUCCCUUCGAGAUUAUUUUAGUACAUUAUUUAUGAAAUUGGAUUUCUUACCGUACAAUUAUUUAAUACAGUUCAUCGGCUCAUAUCAAAUAACCUACAAAGGUUCCCAUAAUUAUUUAAAUGAAGCAAAAAAUAAAAACCUUUUCCAUGAUGAUAUUUCAAUUAGUGAGAAAUUUCCAUACAAGCCAUUGUUAUCGAGCUGCAGAGUCUUCACUUUUGGCGAAACUAAGAAAAAAGACCGGAUACACCAUUGCUAACUGUAAGAAAGCCCUUGAAAUGCACAACAAUGAUUCAGACAAGGCUGAGGCGUGGCUCAAUGAUCAAGCACAAGCGAUGGGCUGGGCUAAAGCCACUAAGUUAGCUGGUCGUAAAGCACUUCAAGGUCUUGUAGCUGUGAAAUUCGAUAAGAAUCAUGGAGUUCUUGUGGAAGUAAACUGUGAAACAGAUUUUGUUGCAAAAAAUGAUAAAUUUCAUAAGAUGCUUGAAGAUACUACUCUAGCUUGUUAUAAAUUUGCACACACAAACUUAAAAUCAAAGGGACCUAUAACAAAGCUAGAAUUAGAUAGUGAGCAGUUGGGAAACCUUUCAUCUGAUGGGGGUAAAAAGCUUUCAGAAGUAUUAGCUCUGUUCAUUGGAUCUGUGGGUGAAAAUGCUGUUCUACGUCGUGCAGAAUGUUGGAAAGCAAAUAGCGAUGAUGUGAAAAUAACAGCUUACACUCACCCCGCACCAACAACUGCGAGUGAUUAUUCAAGUGGUAAAUAUGGAGCCUUGCUGGCUUACAAACAACCCAAUGACGUUGAAGACAUUGGAAAACAGAUUUGUCAACACAUUGUUGGUUGUGCACCAAGAAAAAUUGGUGACAAAGAAAAAGAUAAACCAGCAGAGAAUUCUGAUGACGAAACAUGCCUCAUUUAUCAAGAGUAUUUAUUAGACCCGUCAUACACAAUAGAAGAGGUACUGGAAAAUAAUAAAAUUGAAAUUUUAGAUUACAUAAGGUUUUCUUGCGGUGAGGUAGUAGAAGAGAAUAUGCCUGGUGUUGAAAAACAGCCCCUAGAUACAGUUCAAACUUUACAGUAGUAAAUUGUUAUUAGAAGAUGAGUAAAUGUAUUAAUAAAGAAAGUUUAACUCU